GAAGGGCUAGUGUGCCUUUCACACACAACAGAAAGUGAGGCAGACUUUAGCCCUUGGCUGUGAUUGAACACAAAGAGAAAAGGACAACGCUGUCAGCAUUACAAAAGGUACCUUAAGAAGACAAGCAGACUAGAAGAACAUGGGUUUAAAGACUAAAAAUGGCCUCACAACAGAUGUCAGCUUGGAGAAGUAACACAGGCUGGCUGAAGAGCUGGUACUGCCAAGAAGGCUUGUCCUCAGAGUCUUGAAUACUGUUCUGGAGUUUGUAACAAAUUUACUGGCCAGAAUUUUAGGAAGCCACCCAAAUUUCCACCUGAUGCUGUCUGGUUUGGUUCUGUUUGGGCCGGUGCUGAGUUUUUGUGUGUCAAAGUUCAGCAUCUGCAGCCACCACUACCUGUACAGUAAGUUUCUAAAAUCCACUUGGGGUUGGACCUGGAUCUUCAAAGGUUCAUUCAUCUUCCUCUACUCCCUCUCAGCCCAUCACCCCCUAUCUCUGUCCCUCCACCACCUCUCGACAGGAGUCGUGGGGUGCCUCUGGUGGGGGUGUCAGCGCCUAAUGACCCUGCUGGAGGAUACAGCAGGGACCUGUUAUGAACCAAUGACCGUUAGACAGGACACCCAGAGAUUUGCCUCCCAAGGACUGCCACUGCUACUCCUGCAUGAAGACCAGACCAAGGCCUCCUGCCUCAAAGCCUACAUGGUGUGGAGAGCCUACAAAGUAUCCGAGGACAUCCUCAUCCUCUGCUCGUGUUGCCUGCUGCUGGUGGAGGAAUUGUCUGUCUUUGGCCCUCACAUUGUCCAAGCAAAACCCCUGCAGAGAUUCCCAGGAGCCCCAUUCAGAUUCAUCUUCCUCCUGUGUGUAGUUCUACUUGUUAUGUGGAUGUUCCUGCUCCUGUGUUUACUCACACACUUCCCCAAGUUCCCCUACCAGCAGCUGGGAGGAGCUCUGGGCUACCUGGUUUGGAAAGGACUUUAUCAGGGAUUUCGACUCAAACUGAGCUGGGGCUGUCCUGGUAUGCCAGGAGACAGACUUUUUACCUCAACAGACACUGACAAACAGCCUCAAUAGUGUUAAACAGAGUAGAUGAUGUUUUGGGAUGACAGUCUGACCUUAAAAGCUCAGGAUGUUUUGAAAGGUCAAGAAUCUUUCACAUUAGGGCUGUGAAGAGAAUAUAGUUGGAUAAAAUAUUACUGGUAAACACCCUGUAUAAGACUACAUCCGGAAUCUGCCAUCUGCCAUCAUAUGAAUAUG